AUGCAUGUAUUCAAGGAGGAGAAGCUACUCAGGAAGGUCCAAAAGAGUAGGUACGGCUCCGGGAGCCUCAGAAGCUUUCAGUGCCCAGGUGAGUGUACGAGGCGGUGCUCGAGGACGCAGUACCACAAGCCGUGCAUGUUCUUUUGCCAAAAGUGCUGCAGGAAGUGCUUGUGCGUUCCCCCGGGCUUCUACGGGAACAAGCAGGUCUGCUCCUGCUACAACAACUGGAAAACCAAGAGGGGUGGCCCCAAGUGCCCUUAAUUAUUUUAUAUUUUAUAUAUAUAUAUAUAUAUAUAUAUAUUAUUAAGAAAAUAGUAGCUCGUGUGUUCUAAAGUUUUUAAUUAUUUAUCAAUUUUGAUGAGUGGUUAGAGUAAGAGAAGAGAAAUUAAAAAGAAAUUAGAUUUCUUUAACUUUUUUUUUGAAUUUCUUUUCAAGCUAGGUUCUUGUAUGGUUAGCAUUACAGCAGUCCAUGUGCUUCUAAGUUUUUAAUU